UAUAUAACAAAAAUGGGAUGACAUUGAAGUAAGCCGAAGAACCAAAGAUUGACCCGUUAUAAGCCGAAGAGGGCAAAGUCUAUAGGAGCGCCUCCCAUGGAGAUGCGUUCAGUCGACGUUUUGAAUCCUUCCAACAGCGUGGAAAUCGCAGAAGUAGCCUUAAUAACGAAUGGUUUCAAGCCAGAUUUUGAGAAUAAUGAGGAAGGAAAAUUUAACCAAGUGCCAACCAGAACUAUGAAAACAAGGAAAAUGAAGAAGAAAAAUAAGAAUAAAAAGGGGAAACGGGUUCUUAAAAGAGUUUGAUAUAAUGCCACAAGCCAACAAUCGUCUUAUAGUGACCUUGUCAGCGAAUAUGUACUAGAAAGCGUCCAUGAUCUUGAACUGAAUUCUAAUUUUAUUGAUGAGUACAGUGAACAGUUACCAACAAAUCGAAUCCCUCAGUAUGCUGAACCAAUAAGGGAAGAAAGCAACGAGAGUGAAAAUGAAGAUAUCAGAAGAGAAGAAAAUGGAUACCAUCAUCAUUCCGACCAACCGGAGUCUCUAAGUGAGAAGAAAUCUAAUAGUUCAAAUGAACGAGAAAGCAGUCAGGAAGAACUUCAAGAAAGCAUUGAAAGCGUAGAAAGUGUAGAAAGCGAAGAAGAUUCCUCUGAAGGAGAAGGGAAAAGUGAGGAAUCUGAAAGCGACUCUGUUCCUUCAGAUAACAUUAGCGACUCUGACUCAAAUCGGUAUCUAUCACCGAACAAGCCUGCGAGGAGCUCAUCAGUUUUCAGGCAAUAAGCCUACUAAUUAGUCUGUGUAUAAAAUUAUAGGCGCUCUUCAUGCUUAAGCUUUAAUAAAAUUACG